GUGUUAUGUCGUAUAAUUCGACUUCAAUCUCUGCUGUGAUUGCCCAAUUCAAUCAAGAUUAUAAAAUGGAUCAUCAUCAUCGAGGCAAAGCAUUAAUCUUUAACUAUGAAUCCUAUGAUCCAACUCUGAAAUUGUUACGACGGGAUGGUGCUGUGCGAGACAAAGAUCGUCUUUGUGAAAUUUUGAGUCAUUUGCACUUUGAAGUGGAUGUUUUCCUGAACAUGCCAUUUAAAAAAAUAAUGGAUACUAUUGACAAGGUUGCUAAGGAGAACCAUCAACAAUGUGAUUGUCUGAUUGUUUGCUUCCUCAGCCAUGGGGAACAUGGCUUCCUCUAUGCCUAUGAUACUGCUUUCAAACCUCAUCACCUGUGGACCCCAUUCACUGCCAGUCAAUGUCCAUCCUUGGCUGGGAAACCAAAGAUGUUUUUUAUCCAAGCAUGCCGGGGGACAAAUGUGGAUGAUGGUGUGGACAUGAAAAACAUGCAAAACAGUCAUUCGGAGACAGAUAGCAGCCCCGAACCUGAUUCAUACAAGAUUCCUGUUCAGAGUGAUUUUCUCAUAGCACACUCUACUGUAUCAGGC